AUGGUAUCUGAGAAAGGGGGACUACUUGAUCAGAUCUUGCUUGAAGACAUAGCUCGACAUUGUCCUCACCAGUUCCUUGCAUUCCACCAAUGCAUGACUCUUCCCGAACCUGAUCCAAACCAAUGUGCCCAACAGCAACAACAGUUGGCUAAAUGCAUCCGGACAGCCGUUCCUUCGUUUCAUAAGAUCCAGGGGGAAUGCGCCGGGAAGCUACAAGUUUAUGAAGCAUGCUUACGGAUUAAUAACAGCAAUACCAAGGCAUGUACUAGUGAGCUUCAGAGUUUAAGGAAAUGUGCAUUCGGGACGUUGCAAUGA